GAGAUACGGCCCAGAUUAAUGUGGACAUUUUGAACAAUAUAUUAUUUUACUUUGCAGUGUUCUCGUAGCAUCAAGAAGUGCCAGCGUUAUGUUAUUUUCUUUACCAAAAUCGACUUCAUAAAUGUUGCAACAUGUCGAUACCUAAGAAAAUUCCGAAGCGACCUAAUCUGUUUCAACAAAUAUCACCUAAAAAGGCUGUAGAGAAACAAGAUGCAAAGACAUUAGGGAGUGUAACAUCUGUUAUUAAAAGACACACACAUUACCUAAUCUCAUAUGACUCUGGAGAGUUUACACAACUAAGCUUUCUCAACAACCACGUGUUUAGGUAUAACAUGUCGCCUACAGGAGAGUUUUUGAACGAUCCUAUCCCUAACAAUAUCGGUGACACUGCAAAAAUUACUGUGAAGAAUGCAACUGAUUAUGAUAACAAAGUAUUUCAUGAGUCCAUUCUUGAAGAAAAUAAUUUUCAUUAUACUAUCAGCACAGAUAGAAUUGAAAUUCAAUUUGAUAAACAAAAUGGUACUGUAGCUGUAUAUGAUACGAAAGCUGACAAACUAAUUGUUAGAGAGCAAAGUGCAAUCACCUAUACUGAUAGUGAAGUGACACAGAUUUUACAUCAACGAGAUGAUGAAUAUUUUUAUGGCGGUGGUAUGCAAAAUGGAAGAUUUAGUCACAAAGGAGAAAUUAUACAAAUAGUAAACACAAAUAAAUGGGACGAUGGAGGCGUUACAUCUCCAUGCCCAUUCUUCUGGUCUACAUAUGGGUAUGGAGUAUUGCGAAAUACUUGGCAACCGGGGAUAUAUGAUUUCGGAACCAAAACUCCGCAUGCUGUACAAACACAACAUUCAGACAACUAUUUCGAUGCAUUUUUUUUUAUUAACUCCCAACCAAAAGGUAUUCUUAAUGAUUAUUACGAACUAACCGGUAAUCCAAUAUUUAUGCCGGAAUUUGCUUUUUAUGAAGCUCAUUUAAACAGUUUCAAUAGAGACUACUGGGUAAACGUACCGUAUGGAACACCUGAAGCAAUUUUAUUUGAAGAUGGUGAGUUUUACAAAAAAUAUCAACCAAAUGCAGUAGGAAAUUUAAAAGGAAUUUUAGAAUCUCUUAAUGGGGGAAGUAACAAUUAUCAAUUUUCGGCGAGAGCAAUGAUUGACAGAUAUAAAAAGCACGAUAUACCACUAGGCUGGUUUGUUCCAAAUGAUGGUCACGGAUGUGGGUACGGGCAGACGGAUUCCUUUGCAGGCGACCUACGAAAUUUAAGUGAAUUUGCUAAUUACGCCAGAAAAAAUGGCGUGGAGGUUGCAAUAAGGACUGAAUCUAAGUUACAACCAGAUAAUCCUGAUAGCCCAAGAAAAGGGGAAAGACAUUUGGGCAAAGAAGUUAGUAAAGCAGGCGUGGUGGCUAUUAAAUCUGACAGUUUUAUAGAAUCGGGUUAUUCCUACGCACAUAAUUGUCUAGGGAAUGCCUCAACAAUAUUUAUGGAACAUUCUAAGAUCUUAAGACCUUUUAUUAUUACAGUACAUGGCUGGGCUGGCGGUCAAAGACACGCAGGCCUUUGGAGCGGCAAUCAAUCUGGGGGCCAGUGGGAAAACAUAAGAUUUCAUAUACCAACAUUCAUUGGAACAGGUCUAUCUGGCCAGCCAGUAGUGGGUUCCGAUAUGGAUGGUAUAUUUGGAGGAGGAGAUAAAAUAGUAAAUAUUAGAGAAUAUCAAUGGAAAACUUUUACACCAAUACAAUUAAACAUGGAUGGUUGGGGGCUAACGCAAAAAUGUCCCUUCAGUUUCGAUGGAGAAGCAACAAAUAUCAAUAGAGCCUAUUUGAAACUGAAAUCAAUGUUUAUGCCUUACAAUUACACAAUAGGUUACGAAUCGACUCAUGGCCUACCGAUGAUUAGAGCAAUGUUUCUGGAAUUUCCGAAAGAAAUUCCUGCUCACACAAAAGACUCGCAAUAUCAAUUCAUGUGGGGAUCGAGUAUAUUAGUGGCGCCUAUUUACAAUGACUUAGACUGCUCUUACAAUACUUCUGUGCGCAAUGGUGUCUAUUUGCCUGAUGUAAAUCAAGUAUGGAUCGACUUUUUCACAGGAGAGAAGUAUCAAGGUGGUAAAAUAUAUAACAACUUAAUCGUUCCGUUAUGGAAAGUUCCAGUAUUUGUUAAAGAUGGGGCUAUAAUUCCCAUGACAGAACCCAACAACAAUCCUUAUGAAAUUAAGAGAGACGAGAGAAUAUUUCGCUUAUAUCCCAAUGGUGCCAGUGAAUUUGAGAUAUUUGAAGAUGAUGGUAAAACUAUCGGAUAUUUGAAAGGUUACUUUGCAAAGACUAAGAUAACUUCAACCGGUCCUAGGACAAAUAAACGAGGUAAUCUUCUUAUACGUAUAGAAAAAACAAUAGGAUAUUACGCCAAUAUGGCUGUAAGAAGAUCAACUAUAAUACAUAUUACAGCAUCAGAAAAUAUUGAAUCUAUAAAAGCGUCUAUCAAUGGGGAUCCCUUAACAAUUACUUCAGCGCAUUCGGAGGAGGAAUUUAAUGAAAAAGAUAAUGUUUAUUAUUUCAAACAAGAUUUUGCCGUAAAUCCUUAUUUAAAUUUAUGUGAAGGUAACGUACCGCUGCAAAAGUAUUUAUUAAUCAAAAUAGAAAAGGUUGAUAUUACUAACGAUGAGAUUCAUUUGCAAAUAAAAAAUUAUAUCAAUGAAAGUCCAAUAUUUGGUAAUAUAAUUAAAUUGGAUGAGUCUCUUAACACGCCUCAUGGAUUUAGAGUGUUUGAAAACAAAAUAACCUCAACUUCUAUACCUGUCGCCUGGCGGGAAGUAGAUGGAGCUAGUUAUUACGAAAUCGAGAGAGACGGCACUAUAUUCAGCAAUAUUAUUGGGAGUGAAGUUACAUUUGAUGGUUUCAAAUACGAGUCCGAACAUAUGUUCAGAAUACGGUCGGUCAACGACAAAGGUUAUUCAAAAUGGAGUUUAUAUAUUAUAGCUCAGACUGAUGAAUGUCCUCAGAAAUCAAUAGUAAAAGAUGUGAAAGUGAUUUGUAAUAUACCAUGUCAACCUACGCAGGAAGUGUCUAACUUAACUAAUGGGGAUAAUGGUACCAUGUGGCAUACUAUCUGGGACGGGCCUGGUGAAGCUAAUCUAAGGAAAGGCAAAAAAAUUGAACUUCUAUUUGAUUUAGGAGAUAUUUACGAGAUCGACAAAGUAGUAUAUACGCCGCGUGAAGAUGCUGGAAAUGGUACAUUGCUACAAACACUUCAUAGAUAUUCCAUUAGCGGAAAACAAUGGAGCCCUAUUUCAAAAAUUAAUAUUUGGAACAAGGACAAUAAAAAUAAAACAAUAUUUUUGGACGGCGCGAAACUAAGGUUCAUGGAACUUCUGGUUUUGGAUGCCGUAGGUGAUUUUGGUUCUGGUAUACAUAUGUUAUUCUAUAAAAAAGUUGAAAAAGGAUUGAUUUCGUCUAAAGUUGUAUACUAUGAUCCUACAUUGCAUGAAUAUUAAUAAAGUAUUAAGGUUCUUGCAGAACUAUUGCUCCACACUAAUAAGAACAUGAUAGUAACAAUUCGAACCCAUCAAAUAGAGAAGAAACAAGCUGCGAGCAUAAUAUAAUAUUAGGCCAUGUUUAUAUAUUUGCAGACAACCAGUGUUUUCAGAAAAAAAAACAAAUUGUCUAGAGUCCAAGUGUGCUGUUGUGAUUUUUUUUAUUGGUUACAGAUAUUAUGGUAUUUAUGGUUUAUGGUAGAACACCUAGUCGGUACACCUAAGCGUUAUGUAUUCCUUCAGGGCACGGGGGUGAAACUCACGGCAUUACAACUUACGCAUUUCACUCCCGCAUACGUACCGCGACCCCCGGCAUGCCUGGCGGGCCGCCAGUCCGAGCUACAAUGCGGUACGGGAAAGGUUGUUUCGGAAACGCAGAAUUGUUAUUUUCACUUUAAUUAAGCUGCCUAAUAACUUUAACAUCUAUGUGUAUAGUGCCCAUGCCUGUUGUAUCGAUU